AUGGCCGGCCGGGCGCGCCGCUCGCUGCAGGCGGCGCCCGCGGUGCUGCUGCUGCUAGGCCUGCUCUGGCCGAGGGAGGUUCGCUGCGGACACCACGAAAAGCGGCUGCUACACCAUCUGUUGGACCAUUACAACGUGCUGGAGCGGCCCGUGGUUAACGAGAGUGACCCGCUUCAGCUCUCCUUCGGCCUUACGCUCAUGCAGAUCAUAGACGUGGAUGAAAAGAACCAGCUACUAAUAACUAACAUCUGGCUUAAACUAGAAUGGAAUGAUAUGAACUUGAGGUGGAACACUUCGGACUUCGGUGGGGUCAAAGAUUUAAGAGUACCACCCCACAGACUAUGGAAACCAGAUGUUCUUAUGUACAAUAGUGCGGAUGAAGGAUUUGACAGCACCUAUCCCACAAACGUAGUAGUGCGAAACAACGGCUCCUGUCUCUAUGUACCACCUGGAAUAUUUAAAAGUACUUGCAAAAUAGACAUAACCUGGUUUCCUUUCGACGACCAAAGAUGCGAAAUGAAAUUUGGCAGCUGGACUUAUGAUGGUUAUCAACUGGAUCUUCAACUACAAGAUGAAGGUGGUGGAGAUAUCAGCAGUUUUGUAACAAACGGUGAAUGGGAACUAAUAGGUGUACCUGGCAAGCGUAACGAGAUCUACUACAACUGUUGCCCCGAGCCGUAUAUCGAUAUUACUUUCGCGGUGGUGAUUAGACGGAAAACUUUAUACUACUUUUUCAAUCUGAUCGUUCCAUGCGUGCUUAUAGCCUCAAUGGCUUUAUUGGGAUUUACUUUACCACCAGAUUCCGGCGAAAAACUUUCAUUAGGUGUGACAAUUCUGCUGUCGCUGACAGUGUUUCUUAACAUGGUAGCAGAGACAAUGCCAGCAACGUCAGAUGCUGUACCACUAUUGGGUACAUAUUUCAACUGCAUCAUGUUUAUGGUGGCUUCAUCGGUGGUGUCCACGAUUCUUAUCCUCAACUACCACCAUCGACAUGCAGAUACACACGAAAUGAGCGACUGGAUUCGGUGCGUGUUUCUCUACUGGCUGCCUUGGAUCCUCCGAAUGUCCCGGCCAGGGUCUGCAACAACACCACCGCCAGCUCGCGCUCCUCCACCGCCGGACUUGGAGUUGCGCGAACGCUCGUCCAAGUCGCUACUAGCUAACGUGCUCGACAUCGACGAUGACUUCCGGCAUACCCACGCACAGCAGCCACCUUGCUGCCGAUACUACAGGUCCCUCGACGAUCUACACGAACACUACUCGCCGAGUGGCGAAGAAAACGGCGCGGGUCUAGCGGCACACAGCUGUUUCGGUGUCGACUACGAGCUCUCGCUCAUACUUAAAGAGCUUCGAGUCAUCACAGAUCAGAUGCGCAAAGAUGAUGAAGACGCGGACGUUUCGCGCGACUGGAAAUUCGCUGCCAUGGUCGUGGACAGACUGUGCCUUAUUAUCUUUACCCUGUUCACAAUCAUUGCCACGCUAGCCGUGCUGCUGUCCGCACCGCACAUCAUGGUGUCGUAGCGACCCGCCCGCCUGCGGCUGCGCAUGCGUAACGUUCUGUGAUACCGCGAAUAUAUAUUAAGUUGUGAUGUGUGAAGCGGUGCGAGCGUCAAGGCCGCGACGAAGAAGUUGCCGCCGCCCGCCUCGCCGCCCGCGCCCCCCUAUAGAGAUAAGUUACCGCUGACUGCCAUCCCUAUGCAUUGAAACAAAUACUGCCUAUCCUGUAUCUUGUCCUUUUAUUUCUCAGGCCUCUCCUUCAGCGGCUUAGUCUAUGCUCUUCCAAAAUUGAACGACUGGUGUUUUUACACAGAGAACAAUAAACAUUAUUUCUUGCGCAGCAAUCUUUGACAUGCACAAAAACAUAUGCAAAUACUUUUCUGUUCAAAAGUGAUUUUAUGCAUUCAAUUCUGUAUCUGUUCAGAUAAAAAUAUUAUAAAAAUUGUUAUGGUUGCAAUAAGUGACUUAUGACGCCGACACGGCGUUCUUAUGGCAAGGCUUUAUAGUGAUCUACGCUAGAAUAGUCGCCAUUUCAGACCAUAAUCCAUGAUUAUGGGAAAUUUCAAAAAUUAUAGCACAAAAACGUCUUCCUUCUUACCGUUGAUCAACCUGUCGCGUUUAAAAUUUAAAUCUUUGUUAUAUCUUUCUCGAGUCUUGAAAUUUAUGUACAGUUUAGGAUUUGGGCAGUGAAGCAAUGGCCCUUCGUUUCCUUCUUAUUCGAUUCCGUGAAUCGUGGUUAUGAUCCCUAACUUUAUUUUCAGAUGUAUUUGUGUCAGUAGCUAGUAUAGAACUUUACAAACAAUGUUGAUUCAAUUGGUACAGGUUGUGAACGGGCCUCGUUGUGAACGGGUCGAUAUUGUUAUAAAUGGUAAAAUAUCCAAAGCUAUAGCUUAAUAAAACGUUCGUUAAAAGUUGUAGUUAAAAUAUUAUUUUAUUAAAAUCAUACUCGGGUCUUUCGGAUUAACGUAUACAAAUAAUUACAUUACAUGGUGAUAUCACGUUUGUACCUUGUACUUCUUUCGAUACGAUCAUACCUAAUACUGAAAUAUUGUAGCUUUUUAAAGUUUCUCAAUCAGCGAAUAUAUCAAACCGAAAUAUAUAGGCAUACUUUUAAUAUACAACCAUCAGUUGAUUCUUGUCAUCCACUAAUAAUUUUAUUGUUCAACCAAAACAUAUAUUUAUCUAUGUUGGCGUCUACUUCGUGGCGCCACGGAACCAUACAUCGAUAUCAAUUUUCUAUAGACCUCGAUUGGGUAACCUCUCACGGAUUAAAGUCCCAUGAAAAUGAAUAAUUUUACAAGAAGUCCACCGAGAUUUGGUUAACUAUAUUAUUAUUAUCAUCUCACCUAACAUUUUUAUCAGUCAUUUAAGUCAAAAGUUGUCUACUUAAGAUUAAUUUCUCGAAAACAUUGUGAGCCUCCUAAAAGAAAAACGUACAAUUGUUAUUUGGAGCUGCGCGGGUACAUCCAGUCGAAAAGCUUGUACCCUCGCAGGCCUCCUGAAAUUCUGUUUUUCUUGUUUGAGGUACUGCGUUAAAAUAAUCAUAGGCGUUCCUUUGGAAGUUGCGGAACGAAUGUGAUUAUCUGCCAGUGUUUUCCAUCAUCUCUUUAUUUAUUUACUGUUAUUUAUCGAGUUCUCCUGAGCCGUCGAGGUCGGGGAGAGCCGUGCGGAGGAUAAGGCACAUUGGGUACCUUCUUGUUUGGUACAACUAUCUUUGUAUUGGAUAGUUUGUUAAUGCGCCGCAUCCACGCCGGCGUUGGGACGAUGUUUGUCCCCGUAAUUUGUUCAAUUGUUAGGGUUAAUACUCUGAAUUGCACUUUGUUUAUUAAAUAUAAACGAAUGAAAA